AUGGUAGCUAAGAGUGCCACUACAGCCUCUACUAAUAGUAUUCACAACGGUACUCUGUUCGAAGACUCAGAAUCUGUGACUUUAAAGUAUGAAAGGAACAGGUUAACUUCAUGUUUAGAUGAUAUCUUGAAAUUAAGUUCAGAAAUGAUAGUCCAAGAACAACUGAAGACGAUACAACUCAGUAACUCAAUAGUAAGUGGCUUCAAUAUAAACCAACAACGUCAAUUAAAAGAUAAGAUUCAUACAUUCCAUAGUAUAUUGGACGAUAUUGAUAUAACUUUGGCUAAUACUUCGAAUUACAUUGUUCAGCUGACUGAAAUUGGAACAGAAAGACAGAUACAAAUAAAACAGGAAGAAGAAGUCUUGAGAAGGAAGAAACAGUUGCAACAAGAAGAAGAAUUAAGAAGAAAGAAACAACUAGAAGAAGAAGAAUUAAAGAAAAAGAAACAGUUAGAAGCAGAUGAUGAGUUGAAAAGGAAGAAAAUUCAAGAACAAGAAGAUGAAUUAAACCUCAUGGGUGAUGUUAAACUUGAUUUUGAUGAUAAUUUACAAACUCAAACUGAUAAAAAUAAUGACUUAUUAUCCUCAUUUAAUGAACCAUCCAGCUUAUUAAAAGUCCCAAGUGACAUUCCGGAUUUAUUAAUGACUCAACCUAACCAGCCUACAAACCAACAGCAACAACCAAGUAGCAAUAUUACUAAUGACAAUUCUACCACAUUGCAACAACCGGAUCAAUUGCAGCAACAAAAAGAACAACAGCAACAAAAAGAACAACAGCAACAACAACAACCAUUACAAAUGUUUUCUGACUUGGAUAACCUGGAUAUUGAUAUGUUUACUGAUCUAGAUAACUCAAAUUUCGGUACGAACACUUUUGAUAACAACAAUACUACAAAGGAUACUACAGGAAAUAAUAUGGAUACAAAUAUCUCAAAUUCUCUUGGUUUGAGUGCAAAUAAUGAUAAUAACAAUCCAAGUGAUCUAACGAAUGGAUUAGAUUCUUUACAAGAUAAUGGCGAAGACUACUUGACUUUGAAUGAUAUUAACGACUUGAAUAUAGACUGGUCAAAUACGGGACAAGGCGAUUCAAAUGAUCUGGAUUUAAAUAAUUUCAGUAUAUAG